GGAUACCACAUGGAAGGAACGAAACGAAAGCAACAUACACAACUGGAUCUGGAAUUGCCCUCAUAUCUGCAUGUCGGCAUUGUUUUCCACAGUUUACUAUUGCGCGCCCUGUGAUUUGUGAAGCUGCAGUUCUUGUAGCAGGUCCUCGCGUUGGCUUUCCUCGUGGCCAACAUGACAACGGCCUACCGGCCCGUGCGGGAGAUUGUCGAAGACGACGACGAGAGCGAUGAUGAGGAUCAGGUCUGCGACGUUGACAUCUACGAUCAAACCACGACGGAGCUGCGUGAUAUCACAUGCAAAAAUGUCCGGGUCUGGAAGAUUUCAUUUGUCGUGCAUAUUUUCCAUGAGCCAUGAUGGCUGUAAUGCAUGCCGCAGCAUCACAGAUUAGAUUUUGAGAGGGCUUUGUGAUACCUCUACCGCAUGAGAAAUGCCCUCUCCGCGUAGGAUAAACCCGACCCCUCUUGCUGGUCAUGCAAUGCAAAUUUUUUAUAGAAUCCACAGACAGCAUCACAGGUUGUGACCUUCCAGACCCAGAUGACAUUUUUACAGUUGAUACGCGAACUUCUGGCGCAGAUUGUACCGGACGACCAGAACGAACACAGACUUCGGCUGAAACGGCAAAUCGAAAUCGAGCUCGAAGAAAGGCGGCUCGGAGAGGAGUUGCAAAAUGCCUUGCAGGGGCGAGCAGAUAGCCCGGGUAUUCUCGUCGACGGUAGUGGAUCGUCGCAUGCAACAAAUGCUCAAGUAGCUCAGCAUCCUCAUACAAUCGCAGAACCGUUUCCGGUGACGAAACGCAGCAUCAGUUUUGACGAAGUUUCAAGUUCGAGUCCGUCACACCAAAAUGGGGAACACCUCGCGGUGGAGCGGCCGGUGGUACGAUCUUUUGUGUCCACGUCCUCGCUCUACCCAGAGUCUUCGCGCAACAAGCCGCGACGCAGGGAAGAGCAAACUACGCUUCCGCCACUGCCCGGCAGCCCUGGACAGGCAAGUUCGCCGCGGCUGGGCGAUGCAUGGUCGCCAACAGGAGGUGCGGAGCAUUCCGUGUCUCCGAAAGCAAGGAAAGCGAAAGGGGAAAUAAAAUCUCCGCCUGCGGCGGCGCAAAUAGAGAAAAUUGGGACUGCGACGGUCGAGGGCCCCCCAGUCCAUCCUGCGAAUCAUAAGGGCAAGUUGGGUAAAGGAAAGGGGAAAGGUGCUCAACCGUUCCGACCGACGCCGGUGCCCGGCGGCGCCGCUGGCGCUGGUUUCGUCAUCGCAAGUAGUUCGGUACAGCAGCCCACCAACCUGAAAAAAAGACCGGUCGCAAUGGCCUCUCCCGCGACGACAGGAGGUGGCACUGCCGGGAAAGCGGGGAAAGGAAUGAAGAAGGGCGCGAUUCUAGCAGAAAUCGACCCGGCACCAGUUUCCUCGACUCGCAUGACCAAUUCCAGCAGUGCGGGGACAUCAGGCAAGGGCAACUCUGCAGCCACGACUGGAGGUGGUGUGCCAGCAUCUUCAAAGUGCCGUGGGAAGAAGGGAGCCGCCACUGCGGGUGUCACAGGCCGGGCUGUAGGAACUGUUACGGCCGCGCGAGGUGGCAAACCACCGGGGCCUGCGGCCGCAAAUUCAGCGCACGGUGGUACCGGCUCUUCUGCUUUCGCGCAGGGAAACAAUCCAGCGGACGCAAAGGCCACGAAUCGGACCAGAAGCAACAUCACAAUAGCUGAGCAGCACCUAACGAAACGAGCAGGUUCAAAAGAACCUCCGGCUCGUCCGCGCGGUCGUUCUUCUUUGCUUUCGUCCACGACGCAGCACGAAGUUUCCAUCGCGCCGACGAAGCGAGAUGCUGCAUCAUCGGAAACAACCGGAAAAGAAGAUCUAGAAUCGCUAACAGCGCUCGAAAAUGAUAAAGCAGCCGCACAGAAAAUGCAAAACGAAGGACCUCCAGCUGAUGCGAGAGGAGACAGCGAAGGGGCGGCCCUAGAAGAACAAGGAGUCGGUGAUGUGCCUGCAAGUUCUUUUUCGGCGGAUGGACAGAAAAUGGGCGAGGAAGCAGACCAGGAAGCAGACGAGACAAAAGGCAUGACCUACUACGACGACGCCGCCGCCACGCUCGGUGGACAAGAUGAAGAAGACGAACUUUUGCCCGAUCCGGAAACCUUGAAGGAGGAGGAAGUGAUGUAUUCUACAGCAGCAGAGGACAUGACUGACACUUGCGAUCCGACCAUGGAAGAAGGCGAGGACGAGUCUAGUGCAACCACAGGCACCGUAGUUAACGAUGAGGGCACCACGGAGCGGGUUCCACCCGACAUCGAUGUCGGUCAUCGGAAUGAAACUGGUGUGGUUCAUCUGAACGUCGACCAAGCUGUAGAAAAUGAAAGAGAACAUGUGCCGCAGCAUGUCGACCGUGCCAACAGUGCUGAAGAAGAAUCGAGUAAACACGGCGAGGAAAAAGCAAGCGUUGAAGAUGCAAAACCUUGUGGAGAGGAAACUGUUGAAGACGUUCAUCCCAACACCGGGGAAAGAACCGAACUGUUGGCGGAGUCCUCGAUUAAGAUGCAAGUAGAAAUAAAGCCGGCCCAAGAGGAUGACCACAAGGACGAUCGCGACGCGCUGCUGCGGAAAUACAGCUCCAGCAAUCGGUUGUUCGAGGUAAUGGCGACCAUGCCAGGAAGCGGGCAUCAGAGCCACGAUGAGAACGUGUCGGGGAAAAGCAGCAAAGACUCGACCCACGAACUGGAGUGGCAGGAUCGGGCCAGAGAAAGUCCGAAAAGCCGUCGCGCACGAAUUAUGGCCAUGCUGAAGGAGGAAAAGGCGCGGAACGCCGCGGCGGAACAGGCACAAGAAGGGAAUGCAUCUUCAAAAGCACCACAGUCACUAACUCAAAAAGGGAGCGCUACCUCUGGUCUAGAGACUAGUAGUGGAAAAACAUGCAGUAGCACAUCACUGCACCAAGAGCAAGACACGCAAAGAACCGCAUCUCCAACAGCGUCGAAGAGUCCGCGUCCAGCGGAAGAUAGUGCAGAUAGUGCUGGCAAUAAAAAAGUUUCUGACUCCUCACCGCCGCCGGAUUCCGCAAGAACUGGUCCUGAGGAAACAAAAGAAGGAAAAGGGCUUCCGGGGACGAGACCACAGCAGCGCAAUGCCACCACACCAAGCACGGGGGUUCAAUCGUCCCCACCCGCGGAACCGCCGCCAAGUGGUGGAAAGCACCACGCAUCGACGUCCUCUGCAAGCAAGCAGAAAAGUAAGCCAGCCAGAGCAGGUGGUGCCGCGGGUGCAGCAAGCAGAGGUUUGGACACGCUUGAUCUCACGCCGGAGCAAGUUGCUGCCGCGACUGCAAGUGAGAUUGCGAAGGACUACCACGGCAAUUUUUUUGGUAUUUUUUCGCAUUUCUACCGUGCACCGAAGGACGAAGAGUAUUACCCGCGACUGAUGCGGGAACUGCAGGAAGCGUACAGAGACCAUUUCAGCGAGCUCACCGCAGCAACUGCGCCGAGUAAUAAGCAGAAAAACGGGAGCAAUGCCAACAGCCGGUCCACUUCUAGCACUAUCGCGGCGAAAUUGCAGAGCGCAAAAGCGCGGAUUCCGACAACCAGAAUUCAGCGCAGCCUGCAGCUCGACGUCUUUCUCGGCGGGCUCGAAAAGGAUCAAAACCAGAAUGCGGACCAGGGCGGGAACAAUUCAAGUUCAGCGAAGCCUUCCAUUCCGAAGAGCUUAAAGUACGACUACAGCACGCGGUAUUACAAGGUGAUCGAGUCCCGCCAGGAGGUGUACGACAUCGUGACCCGGUCACUCAACCGCAAGCAGGACUGGGAGGAGCUGAAGCACGGGCUGGGGACCACGAUCUCCAACUUCAUGUGGAACCUGCUUUGGACGUGGUCGCAGCCGAAGAUCGACUACAGUAAGCUGCUGGUCUGGCAAAAGGUGAACCACUUUCCCGGCAACAAGCAUUUGACGAGGAAAGACCGCCUGAAGCGAAACAUCGAGCGCUACACGAAGCAGACCUGCGCCAGCAACCAGGCCGCCAACGCGUUUCGCAUCAUGCCGCAGACCUUCAUCCUACCGAAAGAGUACGUCGCGUUUUGCCAGACGUAUGCGGCGACCGACGAGAAAAAUCGCGAAAUCAAGGACCAAGUGACCGCCGAAGUGGAGAAGGAAAAUGAAAAAAGCGCAGCACCCUUCGAGAAGAAAUCCGUGCAACAGCUGCUGAAACAGCGGCUGAAGCCCAAUUACUGGAUCAUGAAGCCAGCGAAGAGCUCGCGCGGUCGAGGCAUCUACGUUUUAGAUGACAUAGGCGACGUCAGUUACGGCGAGCUCUCCGUGAUCCAGCAAUAUGUGUCGAACCCGUUACUUUUAGAAGGCUACAAGUGGGACUUGCGCCUCUACGUGCUGGUCACGUCGUUUCAACCGGAGUUGUGCGCGUACCUGUACCAGGAGGGAUUUGCGAGGUUUGCGACGGUUCCGUAUACGCUGGAAGAUUUGUCCACGCUGAUCCACCUGACAAACACCAGCAUCCAGAGGCAGAACGAGCACAAUCAGAAGUGCACGCGGGACACGCUACUCGGCGGGACGAAGAUCGACCUGAAAACGUUGCGACACCGCCUCGAGGGCAUCCACAUCAAGUGGGACGUCGUGUGGCACAAGAUCCAGGACUGCAUCCUGAAAUCACUGUGUGUCGCCAAAGACCACAUGGAGGAGAACAGGAAUGCCUUCGAAAGUAUGGAAUUUUGUUCAUAUGUCGUGUCGUUUUCCAUACCCAUUUCCGGUGCUGUAAAACAUCACUGUGAAGUGGAUGCAGACCCACUUGUGUUGUAUGCCAAAGUUGUGUAGUCAAAUGAUUCGAACAAACAAACCAAAACCUUUCAGUUUUCGGUUACGAUCUGAUGUUCGAUGCGAACCUGCAGUGCUGGUUGAUCGAGGUGAAUUCCAGUCCUUCGCUCGGCGUGGACCACUUGCUCGAUGAGCACGUGAAGGCACCCAUGAUCGAUGACACCAUCGAGCUGGUGCAGCCGCAAGCUUUCAACCGCGAGAAGCUUUUGAAAAUCCUUUCUCGGCGCUGUAACCAGCAGAAGACCGCGAAAAACCCCGGUCCACAGUUGUCUCUGGAUCUCGCUGCCAUUCUGGACAAUGAUCUGCGGUUGCAGCCAGAAAUUCUGGCGGAGGCGGCGGUGGAGGAUGAGAGCCCGUCAGAGGAGGAAGAGGAAACGGAUGAAACCGAUGCGGAGGGAGCUCCGACCCGAAAAACCGGUAACAAGCACCGGAAACGCAACCUCGGCAAUUACCUGCAGAUUGCGCCGUCAGAGCACUGGUCGCAAAUCUUGAAAAUGAAGAGCCAGCUCUUUCGCUGAAAUUUUGGUGCGUUUCAUAUUGUGUGGCUUCUGUCAUGUCGAAUGAACCAUCAAUGUUGAAGAUGACUCGUCUGGAAUGAACUAUGUGCGCAACCUCUACUGCGUCUACAUCUUUCUACAUCUAGCGACGAACGGAUGCAAGAUCAUGGUCGAAGAACAACAAACAUAAAGAAAGGAUGU